UCCUUCGCACGUCUUCGAAUUACGAAUGUAAUAAACUGCUAGUUAGCCGUACAUUACGCUUAAUUUUCAAUGCAACUGAGUUAAACAUUUUAAUUUAGCUUGAUAGAAGUUUUUAGAAAAGCGCUUGGAAUUGCGUUGCGUUUGGUGUUCAGCAUCGUUAAAGCUAAACUUCAGACUGCGUCCAGAAAAUUAAAUCGACAAUUUAAUGCUUUGUUGUAUACAGCAAGAUCAAUUACACCUAAGAGUUUAUCAGUGUGAACGAUUUAAAUUGAACGUUUAAAAUAUAUAUUUCCAUUUGAGUUUUCCCACGUGAUCCUCCAAACCCGUAAACGACCUCUGCUCUUGCUAGCUAAAGCUAGCGUACAAGGUGAGCUAACGUUAGCUUAACCACCAUGGACCGGACUAAAGAGGAGGAUUAUAUAUACGAGCCAACCCCAGAGAGAAACACACAGAAGACCAUGACGAAUUUCAUCACAACUAGCCUGUUCACAAUGAACCACAAGUGCCAGCUCAUGUUGCACUUCGCAAUGGAAACUAGUCCAUAUGCCAAAUUCCUCCUGAGUGCCAUGAAGAGCUCAGGAUGCAACGUGUUUAGAGACCGACAUUUCUCCUGCGAGGACUGCGACGGGACGGUCAGCGGCGGCUUCGAUUCCAGCACCUCCCAGAUCGUUUUGUGUCAGAACAACAUCCGCCAGCAGUCCCACAUGAACCGGGUGGUGACACACGAGCUCAUCCACGCCUUCGACCACUGCCGGGCCCACGUGGACUGGUUCAACAACUUCAGACACUUGGCUUGUUCUGAGAUUCGAGCCGCGAACCUGAGUGGAGACUGCACCUUCACCAACGAGCUCAGCAGAUUCAACUUCGGCCUGAAGCAGCACCACCAGGAGUGCGUCCGGGACCGUGCCUUGCGUUCCAUCCUCGCGGUGAGAAAAAUCAGCCGAGAGGCGGCGCAGAAAAUCGUGGACGAGGUCUUCGACUCGUGCUUCAACGAUCACGCGCCUUUCGGACGGAUCCCGCACAGCAAGAAGGACGCAAAGUUUGCCUACAGAGAAUACAUGAACAGGGAUCGGUAUUACACCAACCUGUAGUGUUUGGCGCAUCGUAGUUAUCGACCUGACGGUGCUACGGCGAGGCGACGGCAGCUGGGCAGUGACGUGAGCCUUGGUCAGCACGAAAUGGACUCAGCUGAAGCAAAUCCCUUCAUAAGAAAGACUCAAAGCUGUUUUCAGACUUGUGCUGCUUCCUGGUCCACACAGAGGCAGCUCUGCGGUGCAUCGUUGUGCUCGUACACACGAAAAGUAACCUCCACCAUUUCACUUCCCACAAACACUCGCAGAGUUCAGUCUAUCAGCUGUGGAUCAUCUUCAAAAACUUUUGUUUCGCCUCUGUUUUUUUAACGAGCAACGCCGAAGGUGUUUCAGGUUCAACUGGAGAGGUGCCAAAAGGUUCGAUUUGUCCUUGGAAAUAAAGACGAGAGCAACAGUACAUUUCAUUUUUUUCCUCAUUCUGAUUUAAAGGGACUUGCUUUUGAAAUAAGGUGGGGUUCUGUGGAACAUUUAUGAACAAUUAAUAUCUUACCUGUUGUAGAUCGCUCUAUAAAUGACCCCCGUUUGAAAAAAAU